AAUUUUCUUCAAAAGUCGCUCACGUCUCCUCGGCGGUGGACGUGUUUGCUGCGCGUUUCCGUGCUUGGAAAAGUAUAAUCUAAUAAAAUUGUUGUGUAAAUCGGUGUCUGAAAAUAUUGAAAGUGUUGUAAAAUCAUAGCUAGUAUAUAAUGGUUGCAGUAAAGUGUUGGAAUAGAUCCGUAUCUUAGCUAGGCGGAGAGUAUUGGCGAAAUUAUUUACACCUGUAACAUCUCGCGUCAUCGUAUUCGUCGUCGUGUACUGGUGAAUAGGGUGUAUGUGGGUUGAAGUGGGUAGUUCUUUGUGUGCACCCGAUAGUAAAGUGCCACCGAGUGCGUUUUCUUCGUGUUAUCAGUGAAAUAAGUAGUGUCCUCGUUUGCAUGACCCCGGAGGAAUAAUGGUGUCUAUAAUCAAGAACCAAUUGCUGAAGCAUCUUCAACGUUAUACCAAAAAUUUAUCAGCCGAUAAGGUGAACCUGAGUGCAUUUCGAGGCGAAGGAGAGCUCUCAAACCUACAACUGGACGAGAAUGUACUCACCGAUCUGUUGGAGCUACCGGCAUGGUUGCGUCUCACGUCUGCCUGGUGCAACCACGUGUCGUUUCGAAUAUCCUGGACCAAGCUCAAAAGCACACCCAUAACACUGACCCUUGACGAAGUCAACAUAACGGUAGAAACAUGUGAAAUUGCACGGAGUGGAACCCCGACAGCAGGUUUCUCCAGCCUUUCGGUACCUCAAGGAAAGUACAGCUUCAUCCAUAAAGUUAUCGACGGCAUAACGAUAGUUGUUAACACGGUGAAUGUGAAUCUGAAGAGUCCCGCCUUUACGGCGUCGGUGCAGAUGUCACGAAUACGAGUAGAAUCACGCACACCCAAGUGGCUACUUGGUGACCUUCGGGUCACUAGGCUAAAGGAUCCCAAUCGGGGGCUUAUACUAAUAUUCAAGGAACUGUCGUGGCAAACGGUUCGUAUCGAAGCUAGCUCUACGCAGGAUCAAAGUCUGACGCCAUUGCGGUUGCUCACUAAUGAAGCUCGCUGUAGGAUUACUAUUAAGAAGAAACUGUCCGACUGCAGUAUAGUAGCAAGCAGAUUAGUUUUAAUUUUGGAUGAUCUGUUGUGGGUUCUGACUGACUCGCAGCUGAAGGCAGCUCUCCACUUUGUAGACUCGUUGACGGGAUUGAUCAAGGCAUCCACCAAUGUGGUUCAAAGGGCCAAGGCCCAAAGAAAACUGGAAACGCUUCCAGAAUAUCAAGCCCAGCUGGCACAGUCUACGCGAAUACAGGACCCACAGCAAUUAACAGCAGCUCAAAGGUAUUUCAACGUGUACGAUGUUCGUGAAACCUCGUACCAUUUCUUCAGCCAACGAAUAGAUUUGCAUCUUUGCGAUGACGCUGGUGUCGGCAGGUCCAGUCAUCCCAAUUUGAAAGACGGAGGUGCUUUGCAGAUUUCCGUGCAAGGUUUCCAAAUCGAUUACUAUCCAUAUCACUUGGCGAAAGCGGAUCGUACUCAUUGGCCAAAAUACAAACAAGCAAGCAUUCCUCCUGCCCUAUGGCUUGAACAAUCUUUGAACACCUUUCGCGAAUCGAUACUUAAUAUGUGUCAACCAAACAGGAUACCUACGCAUCCCAGUUUAGAGAGGUAAUUGUUACUUGUAGAGUUUUAUACUUUAUCGAAUGACACCUUACUGUUAUUUUGUACUUUAAGAACAACCAAUCUCGGUCAACAAGCACAGGGAGCUACUGGUCAGCAAACACAACGAAAUCCACCGUCCGGAGGAGGUACGCAAACCGGAACUAACACAGGAGUUAACACUCCUAAUACGCCGGGAUCUCAGUCGGCGUCCACAUCGCCGAUGAAAAAACACGUCCUGGAUAACCUUGCCAAACUAAUGUGCGCGUGUGUGAUCAUGAAGAUGGAAGAAUUUUCCCUUUACCGCGUGACCACUUCCGGAAAUAAGCAAAUGCCAAAGGAAUUCAUUACCGGCGACAGAGACCGUUCUUCAUUACCACCGGACAUGCCAACACUUCAUGCAGAGUUCACUUACUUCUACUAUCCAGGUGAUUUUGUGUUUCCAUUGCCUCCGUCGAAAGCAUUCGUCCACAUCAAUCCAGUGCAAGUUAGUUUUGAUCUGGACAGCUGCCUAUGGCUUAGUUCGUUUGUUCUUAAUCUUCACGAAAGUCUCCUUCGUACAAAUAAUGUUACGAGUAGUUUGAGCUCUCCUUCCACUCCGUCCUCGGGAGCGCAUUCAGAACCACAGCCGAACCUGAUGUACAUGGAUGUCAAAGUUGAAGUCAUUUUGCCUAGGGUCAUCUUUGAAGCAUCGCCGGGUGAUCCCCAGCAAAGAGAUCGCCCCAAAGCCAUGCAUGUGCAAGUGGCACGAUGCGCCCUAACAAACAUCCGAGAAAUGGGCGCUUCACGAGCUGAUUUAGCACAAGCGAUUUCUUCGCUCCAGGAAGGUAGUUUAGUGUUUGGGUCGGGGUUUCCAUCGAAACCUGGAGACUUGAGCAUCGUCACGGAUAGAAUUCUUUCGCACAUGGCAGCUAAUGACAUCACUACAUCCGGACAGCCUCUUUCACCACAAAUGCAAUCUGCUUUUAGCAAUCUUACACGGUAUGCCAUGUGGAGCGAACCAAGAGAUGUUUGGUGCUUGAAAUUAGAUCCAGUGUGGGUGGACUUCUAUGGAGCGCGAUCAGUGGGUCCGAGUCGAGCAAUACCGUUUGUUGAUGCGGUUCCCGUAACCAUAUGGUUGCAUGGCCGAUCGGAUAUUGAUAUGUUACCUAAUGACUUGAUACCUGAACAGAGACCAAACCCACCAGAGUCCACAAAUCGUCCAGAUUCGACAGCAUCCCAUGAGAGCAUUAUCUUAUCAGUUAUCGGCCUCAAACAAUCAUUAUUAGACUUAAAUAAUUCGAAUGGCAAUCAUCAGCAACAGUAUCGUCAGGAGAGUACCGAUACUAGUUCGUCUAAUCGUAGCUCCCUUUGUCAUCCACCGUUGAUCGGCGAUAAUGUGAAAAAGAAAGUAUCAGAUUUAGGGAAAGAAAAUGCUAACCAUCAGUCGUCAACUUUACCUAGAGUCCCCGUAGAUAGUGCUGCAGAUGAUGCAUCAACAAUGGCUGAUCUGCACGUGAUAGCGCAUGUUUCAAAUUUAGUUAGUGUUCAAAUUGAUCAUUAUCAGUAUCUGUUCCUUCUACGCUUAGCCGAGGAACUGACUGAACUGGCAACAUUCCUGUCGUUGGAUUCGAAAAGAAUCCUCCGAGCGGCAAACGUAGAAAACUCGAUCAUUGUUGGCUGUGUUAUACCACAAGUGGAAGUUUCACUUGUGAUGCCUUCGCAAACCCCAGGCAAAGAGUCGAGUGGUGGGGACGGAGAAAGCGUUCUACCCGAUUCCGCUAGUUUAGGUGAUGAUCUUCUUACUAAUGGUUCUGGCUGGCCAAACUCGAUGGACCAAACUAGAAAUUCGAACAUCUUCAGUAGCACUGAUUGUCCUUCACCCAUAACAACUGAAGCACCGGUGGAGGUUCAACUUCAUCCUAUACCAAACACCCACGGACACAAUGUUCAAAUUCAAAGUGUUCCAACGACGUCGUCGACGUCUGGAGUUGUAUCUGCUGAAACGCCGUCAUCAUCCUCAGUUGCAGCUAUAAAACCACAACAGCCACAGCAAAUACCUUCCCAAUCCAAAAGCCGCAGCUCGGGAACGGAUUCUACAUCUUUUUCUAAGGAGAUCAACUCCGGAUUGAGCUCGGUGAAAAAGGGGUUUUCCAAUUUUAUGACGUCCAUCGAUUCGGCUCUAAAAACCAACACGUCAGACGACAUUAGCGAUACGCUAUCGGUUCAGUCAGAUCUCAGUUCCGAUUCAGAGAAUUACUUCAUACUGUUAGGGGAUUCGGAGAAGACAGCUGAUUGUAUGGAUGUAAUGUUUAAGCUCAACCCAUUCAACAACGAUAGCAAUAUGAAAGUGGCCCCGAUUGAAGUGGCUAGCGAAGUUUGCGAGGAUCCUUAUCUGACAAACAUGUCGUCACCGUCCGAACCGUCUGAAGCCAGCAGCCUGCGCCGAAGGGAUCUGGUCUCGAUGGUUACGUUUAGGUUAACCAUGGUUGAAGUUAUUCGCCAGAACGUGGGCAAUAUCUCAUCCAUUAGACUGCAAGUAUCUGCUGUUAGUUGUGACGAAUGCGGGUCUAUUCCGUGGGAUGAAUUUCAGAGUGGCCAGCAUAAGUCGAAGACCAAGUUUGGAGCGAGAUGUAGAGCAUGGAACGUCGCAACGCAUAAUCCAGAAGCACCACCUUGCGUAGCGGUUAGGUUAGAGGAAAUUCUGACGCUCCCGGCUGACUCACUGAACAUCACGGACAAGAAAUCUAUUCUGAGUUGGUUCAAGCGGAAACUGAACGUAGAAGUGAAGAACAUCGACCUCCAGCUUUCAAUGAGCACCGUUGUGGGCUUAGGAGACCUAGCUGAAGAUGAGGUCAUUCCAACUCCUAUUCCAAUGGAGGUCAUGUUGGAGAAUGUGAAAAUCAACCUAAUCGAAGAUCGCCCACCAGUGAAUAUAACAUCACCGGGAACGCUUCCUAUAAAUCUGGCAAUAGGUCGUAUGUUCAUCGCACGUGACGAUGCCGGGGUAUUUUAUCUGCAGCCUGUGGACAAAGGAGAUACUGCUCAUCCAGCAACGAUGCGACGUUCCGAACAGGCUUCCAGAAAGGAACGUGAUCGAGAAGUUCUUUCGCUGCAAUUAGUGAUGCAACAGCUUAAAAUGGAUAACGAGAACUUGCGAAAACAGUUGAUUAGUAUCGAGAAAGCAUCCGAAACAAACAAAGUUAAAAUUCGCCAAGAAAAUGAAUUGCUUCGUACGUAUCUCGAAGCGGCCCAGGAUGACGUAAGCACCUUGUUGGAGGAGAAAAGAACCUUGAUGGAUACGAUUCGAUCGUUGCAAAAUCAACUAACGGCUCGGAGCGACACACAUAUGAAUUCAAUGGAUAGUAAAAGAUAGCACAAUUGCAUGGACUGCAUACAGUGCUGUGGCGAAAAUCCAUUCUAGGGGGUACCAAGCGUAAGAUUUUGUAUGUGGUUUAGGUUUGUAUCGCACACCGCGAUUGGAAUGUUUGUUACACGUAAAGGCUGAAUCUUUUCUUCCUACUGUUAUUGUUUCUUCUUUAUGAUUGGCUAGAAACUUCAUUAUUGAUACCAAAUAUUUUGAACAGAGUUAUGUGCCUUGUUCAUACUAAAAAUCAUGACAAAAAGGAACGAGUCAUUUUAGUCCGAACAUAGCAUAAGAAACUGAAUUACUAAUGUAUGUAAUAAAACACAAGUCACUGAAUCGAAAAUGAAUUUAAAAUUCAAAAGAAAAAUGCUUACGUUAGGAAGUGAAGGAAAACAAAAGCAUCGUCAAACAUAUGAAACAGAACUAACCACCCACCGUCAAGCCUGUAUGAGUAAGCAGUCAGUAAAAAAACAACGUCAAAGUGACAUAAUUUUUAGAACAGUUCAUUCAUUGGUGUGCUAUAGAUUGUUUCGUUCGAUAUAUGACCAUCAUCUAUUCAAGAAUCAAUAAAGAAAACAGAAACUAUGGAACAUUUUAUGGAGACAAUAUUCCAGCCAUUCAUUGCGGAUAAUAACGCUUGCAUUGAGCAGAAACAUUGUCUGUGAGCAUUCAAAAUUAAUAAAAAACGCAUAUUUACAUUCAGACCAACUUUCUUAACCACUAUAACUGUUAUUUCACCGUACAUUAAUCCGGCAAUUCCGUUUCCGUGCACUAAUUCGUAUUGAUGUUUGAAUACUUAAACCAGAUGUGAAAUGAUUCUCACAAUGCUGUUUUCUCCAUAAAAUUGAGUGGAAGUUGAAAUUAUGCAAUGUACAACAUUAUUUAUAUAAUUUAUCUAUUGAGCAGAGGUCAAGCUGCUUCGUACAGUUGUCGCAACAGGUUUUGGUGUGCGGUUUCAAUACAUUCCUAUUUUUUUUUACAUUAGCGCCUCCUAAUUCUUGAUUUUAUAAAUGUUCAAAUUAAGGUACAGUUGAAAAUAUUCAAAAUAUAAUCUAUUAUAUUUUGCAAUGAGACUAGGUUGUCAGAAUAAUGUUAGAAGAAUCGGGCUUUGACAUAUUCGAGUUCAAUAUCUGCUAUUCUUUCCUGUCAAUUAUUCAAUAAAUUGCUUCAUGAAUAGUCACCAAAAUCUUUCUAAACCUUCCCAAAGCAAUAGUAUGGAACUUAUAGGUUAACCAGUGAAAAACUUUGAUCAUACAUUUUUCCCAAUGUUAGCAAAUAGUCAUUUCAUGUGAUAUUAAUUUUAGUCUUAUAGGUCAGUUAUCAAAAGUAAAGCUAACGUAUAUACGAGCAAAAGUAAUGUACGUAAGACCGUUUAAUGAUCAGCUAGUGUAUCAUAUGAAAAUAUCUGUACAACUGAAAAAAAUAGACAUUCAGACUCUUUAUUACCGUCAGCGAAAUAAACCCUAAGAGCAAACAAAAUCAUCGGCGUUAUAAACGAAAGACUCUUUAUUUAUUGUGCUAGCGUAUACAUAACAGAAGCAAAGCCAUUUUUAUAUUUCAUGUAGAUAGUUUAUUGUUAUCUAACUUCUUUUAUCAAAUUCUUUUUCUAAACGAGAUGCUAUUCUUGAAGCUUCUGUGAAUGGAAACAUUUUAUAUUGUAGAAUAUUGUCUCCUUCUUGGGAAAUACUAGUUGUAAAUUAGUUUGGCAUAGGUUUGUUGAUGUCACGUUCUAACUUUUAAUGGGUUUAUUUUAGAUUCAGGGUAAAAAUAAGAUUAGACAAAGUAUAUUGUUUGCAUAAAUGCAACGUUCGACGGAU